GGAUCCCCAAAGAGCCAGUAGAAACUUUUGUUAUUGCAUGUUGGACGUGUAUAUUUUGCAAGACAAACUCUAAGGUGGCCUGGUGGGAGAGAGAGAGAGAGCACCUUGUUUUGGCAGAGACGGUGAUGGCCAGUACUCAAGGCGCAGCGAUGCUCUCGGGAGGACCGAGAGAACCGCCCGGACCGGGUGGACGGGGUCAACUUGGUCCCGAUGCACCAAGACCUUUCUUCUGGGGUUUUUUUGACAAGAUUGGUUCUUGCCUGAACUUCUUAUGCUGCUGCCGAUUGCUAAAAAAUGGCUUUGGAGGUCCAUUGAGCCCACCAGAGCCUCCCCGACUACCCGAUCCACCUGAAUCACCUGGGCCUCCGAGACGACACGUUGGAGUAAAGGAAUUGGCAGAACCUCCCUACUGUGAAAGCACACCUGCUUGCGUCGUCGCUGACGCUGGCAGAUAUGCUACGCCCACGCCCACCCACGACAGUAGCACCCGUGGGGCUAGGCAGAUAUGCUACGCCCCCCCACGAAAGUAGCACCCGUGCGGCUAGUAAGGGGGCAUAUUCUUACCCCGAGUACGGACGCCCUAGGCCGGUGGCUGGUUAAUUUCUGAUAGUUCCCACCAUACAGACACUACGUGCUACUGCACGCUAUUUAAAUUUACAUCUAUGUAUUAUGUAUAAAUAAUGACAGCUUAAUUAAUUUGGAGCAAAAGGAGUAAAGGACUUGGUAUUAAUCUUGAAAGACAUUAUUGACCCCUGGUUUUUUGUUUGCCAGUUAAAUGUCUCUUUAUCGAUGGAUGUUUGGCAUUUGUAUGAAUUGACUUGAUCAUAACCGUCGGACCCAUCACCCAUGGAUGUGAUGUUAUGAUCCUAUUUAUCUAAUUCCAAUGCAUUAAUUCUUUAAUUUGA